AUGCCUGCAGGACGGAAGACGCAUGUUCUCAUCACAGGAUGGUCGUCGGAUUCUGACGUUGACGAAUCGCCAGCUGCUCACCUGGUGGCAUCGGCCACGCGCUGGCCCUGGAAUAUCACAAGCGAGCAAAGACCAGGCUGCCACGUCAUCGUCACCGCUCGCAACAAAGCUGUCCUCGCAAGCAUGAGCGAGCUCGGCAUGAGCCCUCUCCAGCUUGACGUCACCGAUCCAGCGAGCAUCGCCGCUUGCGAGGCCGAAGUGGCCGGCAUCACCGACGGUAAACUUGACAUACUCGUCAAUAAUGCCGGCCGCACGCACACCAUCCCCGCCCUCGACAUGGACCUCGACGACGUCCGCGCCACGUACGAGGCCAACGUCUUCGGCCCGAUGCUCAUGUGCCAGGCCUUUGCCCGCCUGCUCAUCGCCGCCCGCGGCCUCAUCAUCAACAUCUCGUCCAUCUCGAGUGUCGUGCCCUACCUCUUCGGCGCCAUCUACUCCUCCACCAAGGGCGCCAUCAACGUCUACUCGCGCGCCCUCCGCAUGGAGCUCCGGCCGUUUGGCGUGCGCGUCAUGGUCGCCAUGACGGGCACCGUCAAGAGCAACAUUGCGAGCCACUUCGAUCGCGUGCUGCCUCCAACCUCCCUCUACCGCCCCGUUGAUGACCUCUUCCAGAAGCGGCUCACCUUUAGCCAGAACAACGCUACGAUGGCGACGGACGUCUACGCCCGCAAGCUGGUAACCGCCUCUCUCCGCGGCGAUGGUUGGCUCGGCGGCCGCGUCGGAGGCACGCCCGACUGGUUCUGGGCCGGCGGCAUGGCCCUCGUGGUGUGGACGUCGACCUUGAUGCCUGCCUGGCUCAGCGAGCGCCUUGCGGCCAUCUUUUUCAACAUGGCACGCAUGGGUAGGCGCCUGCGAGAUGCGGCGAGGGCCAAGAAGGACUGA